AUGUUCAUUUUUUGUGUACUAACAGCUAUCCUAUGGGGUAUAACCAAUUGGUUUUUGAAACAAGGUUCAACAGGUUUGCAACAAAUAAAGUAUGAUAAUCGAAUAAAACAAUUUGGUGCUGAAAUCUGGUAUUUUUUCACAAAUCCACAUUAUUGGAUUCCAUUUUUACUUAAUCAAUGUGGUUCUGUUCUCUAUUAUUAUAGUCUUUCAAAAACCGAUUUCUCAACUGCCGUACCUGUGACGAAUGCUUUGACACUACUUAUAACUUAUUUAUGUGAUGUCAUUUCACAUCCACAAUUAUUAAACUCCAGAUUUGUGAUGGGUAUGUUCUGUGUUACAAGUGGGGUGGCUCUUUGUGUUUUAUCCAAACCUCAUUGA